UGGAACUGGGUACACGGUGACGGUGAUGAGACUGAUGGUGAGGAGAUGCCGGGGGACGCUGGGCUGACACGCGCUCACUGACAGCGGCGCUGCCCCUCAUCCGUCACGUGGCAGGAGGCUCGUCCGCGCGGAGCUCGGGGCGCUGGAGACGAGACGAUAAGUGGCGGAGGAGGAGGAGCGGGAGAAAGGGGCCCCACGCGAACUGAAAUGAACACCUUCCUCAAGACGCACACAUGAUCAGUCGUGUCACGUCUGCCCACGCGUAAACAUCGCGAAGAUCCUCGGAGGUGCCCGUGUUUUUCCCGCGCUGUGUUUUCUUUUUGCUCGCUUGCGAAGCGCGGAGACGCAGCGCACUGAGCGACUGAGUGACACCAUGGAAGAUGUUCACUUCAGCCGGAGCUCCGUGUGGGAGGAAGAGGGUCCGGUGAAAGAGGCUCUGACUGCUAUAGAUCGCAUUGGGAUGGACCAUCGGGAGGAGGGAGCUUCUGGAGAAACGGGCCAUAUGGAUGAGUCAUCUGACAGUGAAGGAGAACACGAAGGACCCCAGAAGCUCAUCAGGAAAGUGUCCACCUCAGGCCAGAUCAGGAGCAAGGCAAGUGUGAAGGAAGGGUUACUGCUGAAGCAGACGAGUUCCUUCCAGCGCUGGAAGAAGCGUUACUUCAAGCUGAGGGGAAGAACUCUGUACUACGCCAAAGAUGCCAAGGCGGGCGGAGUGCUGACGCGUUGGCAGGAGCGGGCGUACCGGGUGUCCCAGCGCCACAUGUGCUGGAGGGUACUGUUUAUGUGCUGGACAGGACCCCGGCGCAGCCCUCCGUCCCUGGGUGCAGGCGGCUCGGAGGAAGGUUUGGUGACAUUUCGGUCUCUCAUCUUUGAUGAAGUGGAUCUCUCGAAUGCCAGUGUUGCAGAAUCAAGCACGAAGAAUGUAAACAAUAGCUUCACGGUAAUUACUCCAUUCCGAAAGCUCAUCCUUUGUGCAGAAAACAGGAAAGAGAUGGAGGACUGGAUCAGCUCCUUGAAAUCGGUUCAGUCCCGAGACCAUUACGAGACGGCACAGUUUAAUGUGGAACAUUUCUCAGGGAUGCACAACUGGUACGCCUGCUCCCACGCCCGGCCCACCUUCUGCAAUGUCUGCCGAGAAAGCCUCUCGGGGGUCACCUCUCAUGGCCUCUCCUGCGAAGUCUGCAAGUUCAAAGCACACAAACGCUGUGCUGUCAGGGCUACAAAUAACUGCAAAUGGACAACACUGGCUUCCAUUGGGAAGGACAUCAUCGAAGAUGAGGAUGGGAUCGCUAUGCCUCACCAGUGGCUGGAGGGAAACUUACCAGUCAGCGCCAAGUGUGCCGUGUGUGACAAGACGUGUGGAAGUGUCCUACGCCUGCAGGACUGGCGUUGUCUGUGGUGUAAGGCUAUGGUCCACACAGUGUGUAUGGACCUGUAUCCUGCAAAGUGUCCACUGGGUCAGUGCAAAGUGUCCAUCAUCCCACCUACUGCUCUGAACAGCAUCGACUCAGACGGCUUCUGGAAAGCCACGUGCCCUCCGUCUUGCUCCAGCCCACUCCUGGUCUUCGUCAACUCCAAAAGCGGAGACAACCAGGGGGUGAAGUUCCUGCGGCGCUUCAAGCAGCUCCUUAACCCUGCACAGGUCUUUGAUCUGGUAAAUGGUGGUCCACACUUAGGCCUGCGGUUAUUUCAGAAGUUUGACAACUUUCGGAUCCUUGUGUGUGGAGGAGAUGGAAGUGUUGGCUGGGUUUUGUCUGAAAUUGACAAGCUGGGCCUUCACAAACAGUGUCAGCUGGGAGUGCUGCCACUGGGCACGGGGAAUGACUUGGCACGUGUGCUGGGUUGGGGCCCUUCCUGUGAUGAUGACGCACAACUGCCCCAGAUCUUGGAGAAGCUAGAGAGGGCGAGCACCAAAAUGCUGGACAGGUGGAGUGUAAUGACAUAUGAGAUUAAGAUACCUCCCAAACACAGCUGCUCCACCAUGCUCGAGGAGUCAGAGGAGUGCCAGUCACAUAUCUCAGCCUAUGAAGAUUCUAUUGCUGCUCACCUCACGAAGAUCCUUGACUCAGACCAGCACUCUGUGGUCAUCUCCUCAGCCAAAGUUCUCUGUGAAACAGUGAAGGACUUUGUUGCCAAGGUGGGGAAGUGCUAUGCAAAGAGUGCAGAGAACACAAACGAGGUGGAGUCCAUGUCAGCAAAGUGUACCAUCCUCAAUGAGAAGUUGGACUCCCUCCUGCAGACCCUCAGAACCGAAGGCCGGACCAAGUCCCGCUCACGUCGCUCUGGUCAGCAAAUUGAAGAGCUGGAGUUGGAGGAGGAAGAAGAGGAGGAGGAUCUCAGCGAGGAGUCUCUGACAGAGCUGAAGGGCAAGCUGGAGGACAGUGUGACAGAGAAAAACUCCCCACUGCCGUUCAGGCCUAGGGAGCAGCUCAUCUUGCGAGCCAACAGUCUGAAGAAGGCCCUGCGGCAGAUCAUUGAGCAGGCAGAGAAGGUGGUGGAUGAACAGAACGCACACACCAAGGAGCAGGAGGAGCUGUUGUCCCCAUCUGGAGAUGAGGACAAGGUCACUGAGAAACAUGAGGACACCAAGGAGAUGGAAUCCCAGUGCUCUGCAAAGACAGCACUGUGCUCACCUCCGGAAAGGUGUCGCAACACUCAACACUACUCCCUCUUCAGCACCAGCAAGGAGAACCUACCCGUCCUCAACACCCGCAUCAUCUGUCCAGGGUUACGGGCGGGUCUGGCAGCUUCCAUAGCUGGGAGCUCUAUCAUCAGUAAGAUGCUGCUGGCCAACAUUGAUCCUUUUGGAGCCACACCAUUUAUUGACCCAGACUUGGAAAUGCUGGAUGGCUACAUGGAGAAGUGUGUCAUGAAUAACUAUUUUGGGAUCGGACUUGAUGCCAAGAUCUCGUUGGAGUUCAACAACAAACGUGAGGAGCACCCUGAAAAGUGCAGGAGCCGAACCAAGAACAUGAUGUGGUAUGGGGUGCUGGGGACAAAAGAGCUGCUGCAGAGGACCUAUAAGAACCUGGAGCAGAAGGUUCAGUUGGAGUGUGAUGGACAGUACAUCCCUCUCCCCAGUCUUCAGGGAAUCGCCGUGUUGAAUAUCCCCAGUUACGCAGGCGGGACCAAUUUCUGGGGCGGAACAAAAGAGGAUGAUAUCUUCUGUGCGCCAUCCUUUGAUGAUAAGAUCUUGGAGGUGGUGGCAGUGUUUGGCAGCAUGCAGAUGGCUAUGUCCAGAGUGAUCAAACUUCAGCACCACCGGAUAGCCCAGUGCCGGUCCGUGAAGAUCACAAUUCUGGGUGAUGAAGGUGUCCCAGUCCAGGUGGACGGAGAGGCUUGGAUUCAACCACCAGGAGUGAUCAAGAUCCAACAUAAGAAUCGGGCCCAGAUGUUGACACGGGACAGGGCCUUUGAGAACACGCUGAAGUCCUGGGAGGACAAGAUGAAGUGUGACAAGCCCCCAGUGCGGCCCCAUACAUUCCCACAGCAGCCCUUCGACCUGGCCACGGAGGAGGAGGCGGCCCUCAUCCAGAUGUGUGCCCGAGCUGCGGAGGACCUCAUCACCAGGAUCUGCGAUGCGGCCAAGAUCAACGGUCUCCUGGAGCAGGAGCUGGCUCAUGCUGUGAACGCUGCCUCCCACGCACUCAACAAAACACACCCCAGGUUCCCAGAGAGUCUGACGAGGAGCACAGCCAUUGAGGUUGCCAGUAAGGUGAAAGCCCUGCACAAUGAAACAGAGUCUCUUCUGGUGGGAAGAAUGUGUCUUCAACUCGACCCUCCCCAUGAGGACCUGCUGUCCAGCGCUCUGCAGAGUGUGGAGCUGGAACUGGGAAAGCUGGCCGAGAUUCCCUGGCUCUACCACAUCCUGCAGCCCAACAGCGAAGAGGACCCCUCAAUGGAUUACGGCAAGAGGACGAGCCGCAGCACCAUGUUCCGCAUCGUGCCCACAUUUAAGAAAAUCCCUAAGAAAUUAAGCCCACAGUCGGUCCAGAAGUGGGGCACUGAGGAGGUGGGAGCGUGGUUGGAGCAGCUCAGCCUGGGGGAGUACAGAGACACCUUCAUCCGGCAUGACAUCCGUGGCUCUGAGCUCCUUCACCUGGAGAGGAGAGACCUGAAGGACCUGGGGAUAUCAAAGGUGGGCCACAUGAAGAGGAUUCUCCAGGGAACUAAAGAGCUGGCAAAGAACACCCUGACGGACCUGUGACCCGCUGCUGGAGACCUCUCCGUGUUAACUUCUGAAUAGUGUAAAGACCAGGCUUGCUGAGAGUUUUAUAAAUGUGGAGAUAUGGCAGCCUGUCGCCCUCACUGUCUGAAGGUAUGGAAGUGUGGCUGUUGGUAGCACACUGAACAAAGCACAAUCUUGCAAGUAAUGUCCUCCCGUUUCAUUCAUUGUGCAGUUUGGUCUUUCGUGAAGAGCAGUUGUUGAGUUUUGCGCAAUAAGAUGUUAUGCGUUAAGUGCUCGUAAUCUUGCAGUAGAUUGCAGAAACGAGAAGGAGCUGCAGCUGCGUCAACAAUAUCUUUCCAUCAACCUCAUUGUUUACAGUACGCUCGCAUACACAGGAGGCACCCAAAACACUGCAACUUAAUGUCAGUCAAAGUAAAAUGAGUUCAAGAGCAAGUUAGAGCUUAAAAAGAAUGACUUUAAAGGAAGGAUUUUUAUUAAAGACAGUGAUGAUAAUUCAUGUCAUUCUUGUUUGAUGUGGAUACUCAAUAAAUUUAAGAGCAUGAUUAAUGCCAUAUUUUUUAUUGCAAAAGAAGAUGACAAAUCACUUUUAUAAAACUUUAUCAUUUGGUAUCAUGCCAUGUUUUACUACUGAAGUACUAUAUUGCUUUGUUCCAAAAUAGCCAUGUUUGCAUUUUUUGCAUGAAACUUGUGAACUAUUGAGUUGUGUUCUAAGGAUGUUUUACCUGUGCCAUAUUUUCAAGGUUAUUUUUAUAUGAUCUGGUGAUAGAAAGAAUAACCUAGUGUUAACUGAAACUAAUUACUGGCAGAAAAAUUAAGAACACGUGUAUUAUAACAGUAUUACCAACCAGAAUCUCGUAAAUGCUAAAAUAGGUUAAUAGUUGUUUUUUCUUUACAUUUCAUCUUUUUAAAAUAUGAAUAGCUUAGAUCUCUUAAGUAGAGUCAAAAGUUUAAGCAAAUCUGAGUUCCUGUUCUUUAUUAAUGCUAUUGUAUGGAAAGCACUGAAAUUGACUGGACUACGUGUACUUCAUUCAAACAUUUUAAUUCUUGUUCCGACAUUCUUGUUAUAAACUCUUUGGACUGAUUUAAUUGACAAUAUUUAGAAGCUAAAACAUAGUUAUUAACUUUAUUACCUUUUACCGAACAAUAUUAAGUGAAAAUAGGAAAUAUAUGUGGGGAUUAAUACAAAGCAGGGCACUUUAAUGCAAAACUCUCCCGUAGUUAUUUUUACAUCUAUUUUUAAGUAGCAGAGUAUUAUGUUUUGUUAGUCAUAAACUUUUGCAUGUCAUGUAAGGAGCUCACACUGAGUGUGUAUACUGGACCAGAAGACCAUUUAUUUAAAUGUAGUGUUGUUUUAUUCAGUUAAAUGUGCAAUAUUGUAUUACUUUGAAUACUGUUGAUUAUUUGUCUUUGAAGUUUUGACAUAUUUUGUCAUUGGUUAACAAUAAGCAUUUUAUACAAAAGCUCUCACACUUGCUGGAUAGAUGUAAUCCUUAAUAAGACAGAUGGUGUCGUGAAAUUGUUUGAUGACUUAAAAUGCUUCCACUGUUUUUACUCUGUGCUUCCUGGAUCAUUUGUGGAAAGUAACAAGACUGACUAGGUGUUUUCAGCUACAAAGUACACUGGCUCCUUAAUUUACGAACACAGUUUGGGCCAGAAGUCUGUUUGUAACUUAAUUUGUCCAUAACUCCAAAGUGACGGUGAAUAUAAGCUACGUAAAACAGCCAUCCCUCUAUUUAUUCACACAUUCUAUAAAAAACUCUAAUACAGCUAUAGUAAAUUAGACCCUGAACACUACCUUCUAUUACCAAUAACCACUUGUCCAGUGAAGGGUCUAGGUGGUCUGGAGCCUAUCCUUGAACCAGUAGGGUAUGAGUCAGGGUACACUAUAAAUGGGACUUCGAUCCAGAACGGUGUAGCAUUUCUUUUUUUAGAGUUUCCAAAUACGUUAAAAGGAAAGCUCAUUUAAAACAACUGAGAAUAAGAAAAAUCCAUCAAAUCCACAACCUCCUGUUCAGCCUUGAUGACAAUUCACGCACUCUGCAACAGUACACACACACACAGUCUGACACUGCUUGUCCUGAGCGUGGUAGUGGUGAGCCGGAGCCUAA